AUGGAAGGAGGAGCUGCUUUAUUAGGGGAAACUACAGUUAUGGGUGAUCCAGAAGCACAGUAUGAAUUAGGUUGUCGUCUAAGAGUUGAGGGACAUGCUGGUGCAGUUAUAGCAAAUGGACCUCUCCUCCUAAGAGUUAUUAAUUUUAACUUUGGGUCCCGUCUUGGUCCCAGGUACUCGAGUCCCAGCAUCUCUAAAGAAAUUCGGUUUGAAGAGGAGUUCCUCCGUGAAAAAAAGUGA